UACGCUACCAGUUUCGUUUCAACCGGUCGCUUCGUGCCAAAUGUGCCCUUAUUUUACAUUUGUACACUAUUAUAUUGAUUUCAAAUAGUUUUAGAUCAUCCAUACAGAGAAAGUGGUCUGUUUUAAUCGAUAUUACACGCAUGUUAGAGUAUUUUUUGCGGUUUUUAGCUUAUUAGCUCUUUAAAGAUGGCUGAUCCGUGGAAUCGAGGACGUGGUGCUGUGGAUGACAUGCUGGAUGCUGAAAAUAAGCUUUUGGCGGAAAAUCUAGCCAAUAAAGUUUCUCGACUCAAAUCUUUGGCUUACGACAUUGACAAAGAUGCUGACGAUCAGAAUAAAUAUUUGGAUGGCAUGGACUCCAAUUUUCUCAGUGCAACUGGUUUGUUGACUGGAAGCGUGAAGAGGUUUUCCACAAUGGUACGAUCUGGCAGAGACAACAGAAAGAUCCUCUGUUACGUGUCCAUUGGCCUGGUCGCGCUCUUCUUUAUGCUUUAUUAUCUAGUAUCAAGGAUCCAGAAGUGACGGGUCGAUUAAUAAUGUUUUUGAACACUUGCUUUCUCAGUUUUAUGAGAAAUGUUUUCCCAACAUAAAGCAGAUGCUAUGUUUGAUCCCUUUAUGAAGACAUUUCAACAAAUAUCUUUCUAUCGACUUUAAAAUGUCUGAUACUGGAGGACAAUCUGUAAUAUCUUUAUUUAAACCUAUGUUUACACUCUUAAGAGGGAUCUAUUCAGUGUAUAUUUUUAGUUAUAAAAACAUGGACCAAUAUUCACAGAUUGAUUUGAAGUUGAAUAAAAGCAUAUAUUUUAAUUCUCAUGAUGUAUAUUUGUAUCAUUGCAGAGUAUGUAACAAAAUGUAACCAAUAUUUUUUGCUAAUUAUGUGCAUUAAAAUGGCUUUUAAUGGUAA